AUGUUUUCUCGAGGCCUCCUCGCGUUAUGCGGCGCAGCCUAUGUUAUUGCGCAGACCACCUAUAGUUCGCCUUUCUUGGCUGAAUUCCUUAUUUUGAGCGACUUUUCUGUUUCCACGGUUGAUGGUGAUGCCACUCAUACCACAUACAAUGUUCGGUGUGACAGCGACGUCACACUUUGUUCGCUUCCUCCUACCGGCGUGACUGUUUUUUCUGGUCCCUCAUCCGUGGGGCUUUCAUUCUCAGAGCCAAUGGAAACAUUGACUUCCUCUGUGGGCUGCACCUACAUUGACUCUCGCGCGUCGGCAGUCUGUGUUAAUUUACUCGCGGCUCCGGCCGAAACUGUUGAGAGCGGCUCCUUGGUUACAAGCAUGGCUACCUUUCGAUCAACAACGACUCUUCCUGCCGCCUCAGUUGCGCUAGGCUUCAAUGCACCCGUUGCUACUGCCGAUGCUACUUCUACUGGGAAAAUGAAACCCACGACAGAGUCUACCUCGACAGGUAAAGUGGCCGAGAAGACUACCACAGCCGCGAGUGAGACACAAUCUGGUGGUGCGAUAGACGCCUUUGGGCGCGGGAAUGCAGGUCUUGUUGCAGGUGCAGCAAUCCUUGGGCUGGGACUGAUCUAG